UCCUAUGUGAGGGGCUGGAUCUGAGACUUGCAAAGUAGCGCUGAUGAGCCACAGACCAGACAGCCUUUGGUAAUGAUGUUCCUGGAGGAGCAGAGUGCUGGGUCCUGGGAAGCAGGAGGAUGGGGUAUCAGUGACUGCUUAGGUUUCCCUACCUUCAGGAGAAGGACCCACCUACCUUGUGCUCCUACUCAGUGGUAUUCACAUGGAGAACAUGAUGACUCUGUUUUGAGCUGGACCUUGUGAAAGCAGCGUGGAGACCAAGGCAAAAGGAGGCCACUAGAUCCUAGAGCCAUGGAGCUUCCCAGUUACAGCAAGCAGUUGCUGCAGCAGCUGUACACACUCUGCAAGGAGCAGCACUUCUGCGAUUGCACCAUCUUCAUUGGGACUGUUCAUUUUAGAGCGCACAAGAUUGUUUUGGCUGCUGCCAGUCUGCUUUUUAAAUCCUUGUUGGAUAGCACAGGUACCAUCUCCAUUGAUGCUUCUGUGGUGAUACCUGAGGGGUUUGGGCUGUUGCUGGAGAUGAUGUACACUGGCAAACUCCCGAUGGGGAAACACGACUUCACCAAAGUCAUCUCUGUGUCAGACUGUCUGCAGAUGUUUGAUGUGGCUGUUAGUUGCAAAAACCUCCUUAGAGACCUCCUCAGCUGCUCCAGUCAGGAUCAGAUAUGAGAGGACUCCAGUGAGACAGCAGAGUCAUCUGGAAACAACACCGAAGCUGAUAAUCUGCCCCAGUCUGAAAAAAAUCCUGCAGAAGAAAAAACAGAUACCUUCGUGAUUGUUUCUCUCUUAGUGCUUUACCAGAGCUGUAGUGAGCAAAACUUUUCUAUCCAUGCAUGGAUUUGUGAGUCACAGUUUUCAUAUUACAGCCAAUGUGCUGGUUACAAACUGAUGUUUCAAUCACAUCAUGCUUUUUGUGAAUCCCUUCAAUUAGCAAAUAACUCAUCUUGUUUCUCUCACACAGCAGCAGAGAGCAAAAGCUGUAAACUGGAUUUCUUUCUCUGAUAUGAAAGUGUUUUCUCUGAGGCCCAUUCUAAUGCCCAGGCUGUGCUGAGAAGACUGGAAGAGUGCAGAGAAAUUGAUGCCUCUCAAAGGGAGGCUCUGGUUGCCUGUCUGGCAGAGGCAGGGGAACAGUCGGUGCUCACAAAGCCGUUGGGCAAAGGGAAGGAUGCACAGACCCUUGUGUCCUCACCGAAGCUGUUUCAAGAUGUGAAUCCCACGCUGAGAGCAGCCUUGCUGGAGAGGGAACAGGACAGUGGAGAAGCUCUGAAUCAAACAGAGAGCACGAAAGAGGGAGAGAUGCUGACUGCUCGUUUGCUGGGAUGCAGGGAGGAGCUGAUCCAGAGCGUGACACAGCUGAGCCCCAUCAUAGAGUUCCUGGAGGCAGCAGAAGAGGGAUUCCUGACCGCCCUGGAGAAGCGGUGUUUGAGAGGAGUGGCCACCAGUGAAAGCACAGCCACUGAGAUCAUCCUGCGGCACAUCAAGUGGAUCUUGGAGACCAUUAGGCAGAGAGCAGACCUGGAGGGCUUGGCUCCAGGGGAAGCAGGACAAAAAGCAGUAAAAGAGCUACCGAGUAUUUCUGCUCAGAAGGAAAGUUCUGAGGCCUCCCUGAAAGCAGCUCUGAGUGCAGCACAGGAGAAGUCUGUCCAGGCCAUCAAGAUCUGUCAGCUGCUGUACAAUGUCCGUGAGUCUUUCCCAGACCUGCAGCACCUUGGAGUUGAAACAGGAGUUGUUUUGUACACAGGGCUCUUGAUGGAAGGAAAUAGAGAGGAACCUGGGAUCAGGAAGUGGAAGGUGAACAGUGAGCCCCAAGCUGAAGCUCUGGACAAAGAAGAGGACGGCCAGGAACCGAAGGAACCACGAGGGAAAGUUUCUUCCAAGAAGAGUUUUAUCUGCAAAGCUUGUGAUAAGAGCUUCCACUUCUACUGCCUCCUAAAGGUGCACAUGAAAUGUUGUUGGGUGGCCAGAGGAAAGCAAAUCCUGUGUAAGGAGUGCACUGAAGUCAAAUCUACAAAGAAGGAGCUGGAGAAACAUCAGCUGGUGGUCCAUGGAGUGGUGGGGAUGGCCAAGAAGAAGAAGAGAUGUCUCCCUCUGACAGGUGGCAUCUAUGGCUGAGAGUUUGCUCAUGCCUCAGGUUCCCGUGGUGGAUUCACGGUGGCCCGUGGCGUGUUGGAAGCCACUCCAACAUUUCCUUUGGAAUAAUCCUACCCACAGCAUCAAACCACAGAGGCCUGAGCCACCACAGCCCAGAUUGUGCAGGUGAUUCAGACGUCAGAGGAAGGAGCAGCAGAACACAUCAUCUCUUUUGGAAGCCCAGGUUGCCGUCUCCCAAGUCUUUGUGACAUUGCCCGAAUCCCAGGUGAGGCAAGCUGGCUCGGAGCUGGUGACAGCGACUAUGGAGGACUUGUUUGAUGUCUGAUUCAUGAAGAAACCAAAGGAGAGUGAGCAGUGGGUGCCCACGUGUGGCACCUGGUAUCCACUGGAUUAGUUCAGGAUGGUGCUCUAGCUGGGAGAUUCAUAGUUUCCGUGGAAAAGCAAGUCUGGAUGGCAUGUAGCAAGCACGGCAUGGCCAAGGACAGGAGAGGUUUGUAGACCUUCACAAGGACCUGGGAAGUCUCACUGUCCCUGCAGUCAGCAGCUGCUGGUUUGGGUUUUUGGGAGCCAGCAACCAUAUGACCCUGCUGAAAUGUUGCGAAGUGCUGCAGCCUUUCUCUCCCUCAGCUGUGUGCAUGGUUUGUCCCCAGGGCUUUGCAGUGACAGUGAAAUGGAGGAAGCGUUAAGGUAACAUGCCACUGAAACCAGGAGUGACCAGGAGAUGGUGCUCGAGGUCUUGAGUAGUGCCAGUGGCCAGGUGAGUCUGCUCCUCUGAGGGCCAGCCCCAGCCCCUGGGCUGGCAGGCAGGGAGAGACCUUGAGCUGGUGCCAGGCUGCAGAGCACAGCACCAAGCCCCGGACAUCACUGCUUAAAGGAGAGCCUGAACCUGGGCUGUGCCCACCUGUGGAGAGAGCAAAACACAGGUGAUGCUGAGGUGAAGUGAUGAAAAAGCCUGGGAAGCCCCCACUCCCUGCAGCCAGCAGCAGAGCAGGGAGGAGGCUGCUGGAGAGCAUCACGCAUCCGUCCAGACACAGGGAUGUAGGAAGAGCUGUGCACAGUGCUCAGGCUGAGCACAGAGACAAAGACAGCACAGACAAGCAGGCCUAGAAGUGUGUAUGGAAGGUAUGUGAUGGAUUUUGUCCCACAAAUUGGAGAGGUGGGAGCUGAUCCCCAUUUUCUGGCUCCAUGGGGACUUGCAGCUACAGAACUCUUGCACAGGUGUGACAGUGUGGAUGUUUAACCCACAGAACCGUAGGGUAUCUUUAUUCCUCCCCCAGAGGAUGGAAAAUAGGUGGGGGCUCACAGCAGACCCUGGCAUUGCUUUGCAGAUGUCUUGGCCCUCAUCUGGGAGCCAAUAUUUGUAAGGAGCUCUUGGUGCAGUUGAUCUCCUUUUGUGGCUGAAAAAUGAAGGAGGAAGAGUAAAGGUUUAGCAGGGCUUAGUGGGGAGUUACCUUUUUUAUAGCCCUCUUAAUAAGGCACAGGGAGUUGGCUAGGGAAGAGCAUGCACAUGGAGCACUUUGGUUUUGAUUUGUUUGGUCCCUGUUGACCAAGCCUUGCCAUGGUGACGUGUAAGGCAACAAAAAUCACACACUGGGCGCCGUUCAGGCUCACGUCUCCUGUUUUAGGGCCAUCUCUCCUGUCCGUGGCCCAGAUUUGAGAGCUGCCUGCACCAAUCCCCAGGAGCUGUGCACCCGUGGGUGGCCUGGUGCUGGUUGGGGACACCAGCUGAGGUGCAGUGCAGCUCCAGUGCCCUGUGGGGCAUCCAGGGAACUGAAGACAUCUGCCUGCAAGAGCCUGGGUGGCUGUGUCCCCAGCAGAGUCCUGCUGGCAGUACACACUGAGGGAGAGCUGUAAAGGACACCAUCAGACACCGCUCUGUCAUUACAAGGAGAUAAGGCAGAUCCUCUCCCCUUUCCAGUUUCUUCUUGGUUGGUGAAAUACACGUGUCAGAGCAAAGUGCAGCGUUAGUGACGUCUUUGUCCUGCACGUUUCCCAGGGCACAGCCUGGUCUUGGUAUGCGCGGUGCCAAAGGUACCAGUCACUGCUGAUUUCUCCUAAUGCUGCAAAUUCUUUUUUCUAUGUGAGAAAAAAACUUAGGGAAUGAAGUGCCUCGUUUCGUGUGUCAUCUGAAGCAGCUGAUUGCAAGGCAAAAUCCCCAUUUGGGACAACGUAAUUUUUGCAGAUCUCACAGGUGCUGGGUGACCCAUGUGGGAUCUCACGCAUUGACUUGUGCCAUUCUCUGUCAGGAAGGAGAGAACCUAUUGCCAGGUCAGGCUGGAGCACGAGACGGUCCUGUCCCUUGCUGUGUCCUACUCUUGCAGGUGCCAGCUGCUUUUGGAAAAAAAGGCAGAGUGCUUGUGACAGAAACCUGCAGGGUAACGUCCCAUGGAGGAAGCUGGUUCCUGAACCGGAUCAGUUAACAGCUGGUGCAUGCCCGAGAGAGGUGGGCUCGUGUGUCUCCUUGUGUUAAUUAGUGCCACUUAGGGUGCAGGGUGAAGCUUGUGCCUGUUAGGAAAUGUCUGUUUUCUGUGCAAUUUUCAUUCUGCCCCAGUGUCUGUCCCGUUCAGGGAGGAACCUUGGGAACAGGGCAGGGUGCCACGGUGUGCAGCAGGGUCCUUUGCAGCCCUCACUCGGUGUUUCUCAAUGCAAAGUGUAACGUGCAGCCUCACUGUGUUAUCUUAACCCAGCACGUGCAAAUUCUGUAUUCUGGGAUUAUUAUUAUUUUCUUUUAAUCCAACCCACCUAUGAUUAUGUACAAAGAUACCGCUGCCCUGCCUGGGAGCAAGGGAUGGAGGUGGCGGGGGCAAGGAGUGAGCCCUGUGCUUUUAGGAAGCCUGCUUGGACGUCGCUGAAGCCUCUCCAACCCCAGGCAGUGUCCCAGGGGAGAGGAGAAGGGAAAGGGCAGCAGCAGGCUGAAAGCCUUGGGCACAGGUUGUCUCUCCUGCAGCUGGCCCUGCUCGGCAGGCAGGCCCUGCCAGUCCCCGCACCGCAGCUGAUGCUGAUGUUUUGGCAGAUUUCAUUAUCAGCCUGGCGGGCUGCCAGCGUGUCCCCCGACGAAUUCAAAGCUGAAAAGGGAAAACAGUAUUUUUAACGGGUUCCAGCUCAGCAAAUGCUGAGCUGCAAUUCACAGGGCAAAGACAAGACGCUCCGGCAGCCCGAGGGAAUUCCCUCUCCCGAAUAUCCGUGGUUUGCUGCAGAAAGCAGGAGCCAAAGCGCUUCCCCAGGAGAUGGGCUCAGCAACCUUUGGUAAUGGCAAGGGUUGGCUGGUUAAUGGAGAGGGCUCCGUCGCCUCUCCAGCACCAGUUAAUGCAUCUAAUCCCUCAACACGGUCUGCUCUAUGGUGCGGUAAGUUGCAGUGCGUCCUAAUUUCCUCUGUUAAAACAGGAAUUCCUUUUAUCAGUUCUCCAGCCAGUCUUCAGCACACGAUGGGAGUGCAAACAGAAGCUUUCUCUUUGCCUUCCCAGCCCCAUUUGUGAUUACUCGAAGCAGGAAAUCUGUCCAGGUUUCUAAUCAUAUUUAAACAAACCUGAUAAAGUGAGCUAUCUCUUAAUCCAUUUAAUAUGAGGCACACGGCUGUUGUGCAGAGCCUGCUGUUAAGUUGCUAUAUUUAACUUAUCCACAAACAGGAGCAGGGCCGGGAAGCACCCAUGAGCCGCACGACGGCACCUGUUUCUCUGUGACCUGCAAGGAAACACAAAGUCCUUGCUGAAAAAGUGAGCAGAUGAGAGAGAGGCUGGAGGAGCAAUAAGGAGCAGUGGGGAUCCAAAUUGCCUAGCAUGUGGGCGCAGUCGAGCUGUGCGCAUCUCAGCAUCGCUAAAUGUCAGGCUGUGUGUCUGGGAAGAGAUGAAGCUGGCUGCACGGAGACGGGAGGGGACUGCAGUCAGGAAAGCGAUGUCUGAAAGCAUCCUGAGGGCUGCUGGUCAUCACAGGAGGGGCGUGGAGCUGUGAGUGACAUCUGGGGGCAUUAGUAGCUGCUUUUGGCAGAAGACGGAGGUGUUUACUCCUGCCCCCUGCUCCGAGCAGCGCUGCGACUGGAUGUCAUUCCUGUACAGCUGCUCACCCACAGCAGUGUAUGACAAGCAAACGACAAACUGGAGACAGUGCAGACAACAACAACAAGCAGAAAUCAAGAGCUGCCUUCUUGUCUGAGAGCAAAGGAGCUCUAACUGCUGGGCAUGGCUGAGGAGUGACCGGGUGGAAGCUUUCACCUCCCUGUGCCAGGGGAACAUGACCUGUAGCCCAGCAAAAGCACUGAGGGGCAUCAGUGCCAGUAAAGGUGCAUCUGCAUGGAGCACAGGUGCUUGGGUUUGCGUUAUUUCCCUUCCCCUCUUGAACAUCCUUGAGAUGCCCAGCACCGAGGGCAAUCUAGGCAGUGACCUUUUCAAGUCUAACAGGAGCAGUCGAUCCCUAUCUUGUUUUUGGGGAGCUGGGGGUCAAGUUUGCUGGACAAUAUUUGUGUCAUCCGCUGGGUCAGGGAUACCUAGGGCCCUGCAGUGUAUGGGAAGCCUGGUCCAGGCAGGAUGUGUGCUUGUGGUGUUCUCUGUGCUUCCCUGACCUUUUCCCACUAAGCCCAGAGUCUCUUGUGACUGGGGAGGGUUGGUUGGGGUGGGUCUGUGGUACACGCUCAGCCCCACGCAGGGUUUUGCUGUGUGGAGAGACUGCACCCAGGUGCACAUCUGGAAGGUCUCUGGCUGCUGAUAAAUAACUCCCAUUCCGGCCUUCUGGAAGGGUUGCAGGGAAGGCUGUGAGCCAGGUGGAAGGUGGGUGGGAUAUCUGGAAGGAUCCUUUGGCAAUUAAAAAUGUAUGGACAGUU